GUGUGAAAGGCUACUUAAAAAUUCUCUGCUAUGGCAUCGCUGACAUCUUCCAGCCGCAGAUCCUCCUCAUCCUACCACUCAUCAUCACGUUACAGCACCUCCAGUUCCUAUCGGUCGGAGGGCUCACUAGGCGGAUCGUCCGAUUCUCUGGAUCCCCUUUUUGAGCCGUUUCUUGACUCUGCUGAUCAUUCAAGUCUGUUUGGAGAAGAGGGCCCAGGAGGAACCAGUUGUCUGCCCCCCUUCAACAGGCACAGCAGAUCCUCCUAUGGACACACUGGCGGUGCUGUGACAUGCCGGCAGAGCAGUUCAGGUGGCGGGGUGCGAUGUCUGGGAGACAGCUACUACAUGUCAGCCAAUGUCAGCCAGUUUGAGCCACAUGACAUAGUGGUGAUGGCCUACAACCACCAUGUUGUCAUUCACGCCCAGAAGGUACUGGAUGAUGGAAGCAUCAGUGACACGUUCACCCAUAAGUCCCUGUUCCCCAAGGAUAUGGACCCCCUCUCGGUCAGUGGGACCCUUAACCCCGAUGGUACCCUGGUGGUCAGUGUCCGCCGGAUCACCCCACCAGGUGGCCUGGAGCCACUGGGUGCUCCCACCUACCGCAGUGAAGCUCACCUUUGACCUCUGGCCUCAUAGCAAUUCGAACUGUAUUUCCGCUACUGUUGAGUAUUUGAUUAUACUGUAGUCUCAUCAGUGUGGUGAAACUCUUAUGAGGCGGAUAAUAGCAUCAAUAAGUAUGUGAAUGUAUAUGUAACCGUUUGGCCUACUUUUCUGUCCAUCCAUCCUGCAUUUACUGGCCAGAUUGCUAUGACAUGAAGUAUUAGUAUUCACAAUCCUCAGAGGCUAAUUCUUCAUGAUUAUGGUAAGCCCCUGACCUUUUGUCUAGCACUAUUGUCUGGUUAAAGUUUUUCCUUCAUUGACAUAUUUGUGACAAAGUAUCUCAUCAAGUGACAAUCUAACAGGCAGAAUGUUGCAGAGGUCAUAUUAUGCUCAUUUUCAGGUUA